AUGAGCAAAACGAAGAACAAGAGUGACAAUAAGACGGAAAAAGCUUUGGCUGCGGAGAAGGAGCAGUUUGCUAAACAACAGCUCCACAGCAUCAGCAAAACUCUCACCUCGGCUGAAACACCGCCCAAAGAGAAAUAUGUGCGCAACAUCAUCAUGGGGAGUCAUAAGGAGGGCGGAGCCUCCACCUUCUGGUCCUACAUCCUGAACCUGCCUCUGUCCAGCAACUCCAUGAUCAGCUGGAAGUUCUGCUACCUGCUGCACAAGCUGCUCAGGGACGGACACAGAAAUGCUGUGGCAGAUUCUCACAGACGCUGUCGCAACGUGAAAGACAUGGGCGUCCUCUGGGGAAACUUGCAUGAUCGAUACGGCCACAUUGUCGCCUUGUCGGCCAAAUUCCUCUGCCUCAAAAUGGAGUUUCACGCAAAGCACAAGGUGAUCCCAGGAAACCUGGAGGCCAGUGAUGAGACUUUGGACAGGGAAGCAGGAAGCGACAUGACCAGAGUGUUGGAUAUGACGCAGGAGCUGUUGGAAUACAUGGACGCCGGGCUGAAGAUGGCAGAGACAGUUCUGCGUCAGCUCGACGCCAACGGGGCAAAAUCUACGACCCCGGCGGGACAGUGCAGACUGACCCCUCUGAUCCCCCUCAUACUGGACUGCAGCUUUCUCUACCACUUCUCCGUCCUGUUGAUGUUCAAGCUGCACAGCCGCAUCGCUCCAGAUGUUCUCCUUGGACACCGAGAGCGGUUCCGUGAUCUGUUUACGAGCCUCACUCACUUCUUCGACAGAGCCAGAGAGAUGGAGUUCUUUAAAAGCAUCAUCCAGAUCCCAGAUCUCCCAGAUGCUCCUCCGAACUUCCUCCGAGCCGCCGCCUUGGCGGAGUAUAAGAAGCCGGUGGUGGUGAUGCCGAACGAGGAGCGUCACGAGGAGGAGGAGGCGGAGCCACAGCCGGAGUUCAGGGAAGCAGCGCAGAUGCCACAGUACUAUCUGCUCAGCCAGAUGGGAGCUCCUGACGCUCCGCUGGAGCACAGAGAGACGGAGAGCGAGAGCAUGAGGAGGGAGCUGGAGGUGCUGAAACCAGAGCUGCAGCUCAUCAAGACCGAGGCUCAGAGGUGUGUGACGGAGUUAAAGGCUCAGGUGAACCGCCUGGAGUCCGAGGUCGAGGAGCAGCGCACCCACAAACAGAUGGCGAUGGUGGAGAACGAGCACCUGCGGAUGGAGGUGGACGCUUUACGGAGCGCUAACGUCGCCAACGUCGGGGCCCAGAUCGGGUUCAAGGAGGCAGAUGGUCGAGCUCAGGCUGCAGAGCUUCGUUUCAGUCAGCUCAAGGAGAGACACGCGGAGCUGGUGACCAGUCACGCUGACCUAAUGAAGAAGAACGCAGACACGGUGAGGCUGCUGUCCUCUUCCAAACAAGACCAAGACGAUUUGCUGAGAGCCAGGAGACAGCUGGAGAGUGAGCUGGAACAUCUACGACAGGAGAGAAGAAACGCGGUGAGUCAGCAGCAGCAGGAGGUCGACCGCCUCAGCAAAGAGCUGCUGGAGCAGAGAGCGGAGCUGGCUCUCCUCCGCGGCGCGCUGGAAAACAAGGAGAUGGAGGGAUCUCAGGCGAGCAGCAGCCUGGCAGCUCUGCAGGCGGAGCGGGACGUGCUGCUGCGUUCGGCCAGGGACAGAGACGCAGAGCUGUCCUCGCUGAGACAACAGGCGCAGCAGCAGCACAGCUCCCUGGACCUGGAGAGAGACAGGUACAACAGGGAGCUGGAGGCGCUGAGGGCUCAGCUGCAGCAACAGCUUGCCAUCAACGCAGAGCAGAAGUUAGAGAUUGACAGACUGAGACGAGAGCUGGACUCAACACGAGCAGAGCUGGCUCGUGCAAACAGCGCCCUGCAGAGCAAAGAAAUGAGUGGUACCCAGCUGAGCAGCACGCUCUCGGGGCUGCAGGCGGAGAGGGAGGUGCUGCUCCGCUCGAUGAGGGACCAGGAGGCGGAGCUGAACUCCCUCAGACAACAAGCUCAGCUCCAGCAGAGCUCCCUGGAGCAGGAGAGGCAGCGGAGCAGCAUGGAGCUGGGAAGCUUGCACGCCCAGUUACAGCAGCAGGCCUGUCGUGAAGGAGAGCUGUCCCAGAAGCUGCAGGAGGAGCAGUUCUGUCUGCUGCAGUGCGCUGUGGUGGAGGCCGAGGGCAUCAUACUGGACGCUGUGGCCAAACUGGACGACCCCAUACACGUCCGCUGCAUCAGCUCACCUGAUUAUCUGGUGAACCGAGCUGAAAUCACUCUGGCCUCCAUCGACAAAAUGCAGCAGAGUCACGUGGUCUACCUGGGAAACAGGACCGACGCCAGCGGUCUGUUGAGAUCCGUCACUCAGUUUUCCCACCUCGCUGCCGACACUAUCGUCAACGGAGCAGCGACGUCACACUCUGCUCCCACAGACCAGGCCGACCGUUUAACUGACAGCUGCCGGGACUGUGCGAACAACUGCCUCCAGUUCCUGAAGGAUCUGAAGCUUCAGGCCACUUUACAGAGAGCCGACCCCUCCGCCAUACGCUACACUGUUCAACGCAUCCUCGCUUUGGGACAGGAUUUGCGUCCAAAAGGUCAGGAUGUGCUGAAAGAGGAGCUGGGCAGCAUGGUGGAUAAAGAGAUGAUCGCCACAUCCACCGCCAUCGAGGAGGCUGUGCUGCGAAUGGACGAGAUCAUGAAUCAGGCAAAGAGAGACGGGAGCGGCGUGAAGCUGGAGGUCAACCAGAGCAUCCUGGGAUCAUGUUCAGACCUGAUGAAGGCUGUCCACAUGCUGGUGACGGCUGCCACGGACUUACAGAAAGACAUCGUGGAAGGAGGCAGGGGAGCCGCGUCUGUCACAGAAUUUUAUGCCAAAAACUCCCGCUGGACUGAAGGACUCAUCUCUGCCUCGAAGGCCGUGGGCUGGGGCGCCACACAGCUGCUAGACUCAGCUGACCGGGUCGUGGGUGACAACGGUACGUACGAGGAGCUCAUCGCCUGCUCACACGAGAUCGCCGCGAGCACCGCCCAGCUGGUCGCUGCCUCAAAGGUGAAGGCCGACCGCAACAACAGGAAGCUGAACACGCUGCAGCACGCAUCGCGACAUGUAAACGACAUGGCUGCCGUGGUCGUCACCUCCACCAAACACGGGCAGAAGCAGAUCUCUGACCACGGUGUGAUGGACUUCUCAGGCAUGUCUCUGAUCAAGCUGAAAAAAGAGGAAAUGGAAGCUCAGGUGAAGGUGCUGCAGCUGGAGAGUGAGCUGGAGCAGGAGCGCGUCCGUCUGGGGGAGCUGAGGAAGAGGCACUACGAGAUCGGCAUCUCUGAGAGCGACGACGCAGAGGAGGCGUCUGACAGCUUCCCUCCGCCGCCGCCGCCCACCCUGCUCGACUCCUCCGAGCCGCUGCCUCAGCCUUACCUGAACACUCAGAGCUUUGCGUCGACCAAUCCGUUCGCUCCGGCUCAAACACAACCCGUCUCGCUGCCUCAGUCCUACACAUCAACUAAUACCUACACCCCCUCUCAAACCUACACCCCCUCUCAAACAUACACCCCCUCUCAAACCUACACCCCCUCUCAAACCUACACCCCCUCUCAAACCUACACCCCCUCCCAGCCCUACAUCCCAUCUCAGCCCUACACACCAAACCCAACACAAAGCUACGUAAAACCUCAGACUUAUUCGGCGCCUCAGCCGUCGUCACACACGCCCUCCGGCCCCUCCCAGCCCCGGACGACCCCUCAGAACACCGAGGCCACCAAGCCGGCCUCCAGGAAAUCAAACAUCUUUACCAAAUCCGGAAACCUGCUGAAGAACGCGUUCAAACGAGGUGAGGCUGGAACAGGGGAGUCCUGAAGUGUGACUGAAAAAGAAAACGUGAAGAUUCAAGAGUAAAUGUCCUUUUUAAUAUAUUGAUUUUAACCAUUUUAUCUCUGUGUAAAACGUUACAGCAGUUUAAAGGCCGUAUGACAUAUACUGAAAAUGUGCAAUUUAUACCACAAUAUUUUAUUUUAUUUUCUAACUGACCUUCUACUUCUUCAUGACUCUAUAGAUGUGUGUUUGGACCAAUCAGACGCCUCCUUGAUAAAAUCUCAAAAUCUCAAAUGGCUAAACCUUUUUGUCGUUUUUCAACUUCCUCUCUUUUU